AUGGGUUCUGUGAAUGGAACACCGCAUAAGGAGAAGAAAAUGAGUGCCAACAAGGAUACGAUUCCGACCACCCCAAAACGCACACACUCGACGCGGUAUCCGUUGUCGUCACCAUACUCUGGAAAAUCACCACUACCGAUGCCUAUCCUGCUUCCAUCACAAUACAGCAUCGGAAAAUCCUCAGACAGGCCGUCAUCAGGAAGGUUUGCCGAUUCGGGGUUGACAACAGGGAACAGAAGACAUUAUGGACCGAGCGACUCAAAAAGGCCGGUUGGCGGUGUGGCUACCGAUGAUGAUAUAGAAGAGCUCGAAAAAAGGAUUGAACUUUUCGACAAAUCUGUGACGAGAGAACAACCAGAGAUACCGCCUGUUGGCUCAUCACUAGAGGAUAUGCCUUUUUUUGAUAAACACAGAUCGUCGGAAUAUGUUUCCGCCUUGAGGGGAAUACACAAACAAACUGGCUCGCUGAAGAAAAUCAAUGACACAGUUGUCGACUUGAACGAGUCGUUGGGAGCUUAUCUUUUUGGUCUCUUUCAGAAUGCAUGGUGCGUGAACUUGAAUGAAAACGUGACGCCAGCUACAUUGGUAAAGUUAGAGGAGGUCAAGCGUUUGAAGGGCCAAGUGGCGGAGCUUGAGAAGCAAGUCGAACUUGUUAAGAGGAACGCCAUUGUGCGAGAACAGCGACGCAAAAGCACAAUGCCCCCUCCAUCCCUUUCACGGUUCCAAAACAGUAGCACAAGAAAACCGGAUUCUCGAGUAGCCCGGCCUGCACGAACCGUAGAAAAAGGGAAUGUGAGCAAGCCCCACCCAAGAGGGAGAACCUUUUUGAGAGCGGGAUCUAGGAAUGCUACUUUCAUGGCAAGGGCUACGACAAAUCGAAGUGCUAAGUCCACACAACUACAGGGAAAAACAUCUUACGGGAAAGGUUUGGAUUUGUCUUAUGCCACAAAAAUACAAAAUGUACCGUCCCUUGAAGAUAAUUCGAUGUCAGAGUCAAGUGAGAAUGACACCAGUGAAGUGAAGACGCUAACGAAUAUUAUGCGUUUGCGAGAAACGAACCUACCGAAAAGAGAUGAUUUUAGAAGCAGAGUCAAAAGUUCAAAUAAUGGUCCACAACGACGCACAAAAGAGGCCUCUGAAUUUCCAAGACAACAGAAGGGUUCUGAAUCAUGGGAAGUGCGUCAUCGCAAACCAUUUAGGUAA